UGUUUACGGCAACACUUUUGAAAAUACAGUACUAACGUAGGAAGCAAGAGAUUGGUAAAGAAAGGUGAUGAGGGACUUAGUCUGUUGAAAAGAGGGUUAUAGGAUGUGAAUUGUAUCCGUCAGUCCCAGAAGGGGAAGCAUGGAAGAGUGGACUGGCGGAAGAAUGAACUGCUUUUUGGAAGCGUAUGAUGGAAGGAACCAGAAAGGAGAAUUUAUGUAAUAGAUCUUUUGGAUGGAUUAAUCGACAGAAUAAUGAAGUCAAACCAUGGCUUUGGAAAAUUUCUGACUGUUUUUCUGCUGUUGAACAGACCUUACCUUUCAGCACCAAAUCGAAAGAUUUCAUGGAGAACCAAAAAUCAGCAGUGGAGCUGAAGGCUAUCCCACCACCCUCUCAUCUCACCAGCGCCAGGCUUUUUCCAGCUACAGUGUUGCAUUCAGAUCAUUCUUCCUUUCAGUAUUCACAGACACCUCUACAGCCAGGUCUUAAAGUAAGCAGCUGUGCUCAGUGCCCCAGUGAGAGCUCUGGCAUUAUUCAGGUACAUCACAAGCACGGUGGUGGUUCCAUUCAGCCUGACAUAAGUCUAGAUUCACAAGGUGCUGGGACAGUCACUUGUCAGGUGGGGUCAGGGUUUCCUUCUCUAAGGAGUUCUCCAGCUGUUAGCAGUUUUGUGGGCACUUCCAUUAACUUCCCAUCUGACCAUUUGGAAAGUGCCACCCCUGCUUAUCAGCUGCAGGCUACCUUUCCUCCUCCUUCUCCCCACCACCUUCCAUGUUGUGGAAAUCUCCUCAAACCACUCUCACCAUGUCAUACUGGUGUUCAUAAGUUGCACCGCAUUCCUUUGCACCAGAGCUGCACUUCUUCCAGCUGUGUCUCAUGUACUCAGUUCACAGGAAGGGCUCCAGGGCACUUAGAAGAGCAUUUUAAUUCACCAGAACGAACACCACACUUGCGCACCAACUCUUUAAAUCUGAACUCUGACCAACAUCUCUGUUUAAAGCGUACCCCCUGCUGUGACUGCUUAAACAAGACCCCUCGGAAAAAUCUUUUUGAAACAACCAAAGUGUGGCCAAAUAUUCCUCCUCCUUCGUCUGAUCACACUGCCUCUCUUACUGUGUCUGCAUGUGAUGGAUGCGGGAACAAUGUGUCAGUACCUCCAGCUCACCAGUUGACAGCAGUGAACAAAACGUGGCAAAAUUGUGGGUCUGUUGACACCAGUGUUGCUGGACAGUUGCAAGAAAACUUGCCUCCCAUUGGGGUGUUUUGGGACAUUGAAAACUGUUCAGUACCAAGUGGACGAUCUGCAGUAGCAGUAGUACAGAGAAUCCGUGAAAAGUUUUUCCAUGGACAUAGAGAAGCAGAAUUUAUCUGUGUUUGUGACAUCAGUAAAGAGAACAAGGAAGUUAUCCAGGAACUGAACAACUGUCAAGUCACAGUUGCCCAUAUAAAUGCCACAGCCAAAAAUGCUGCUGAUGACAAACUGAGGCAAAGCUUACGACGGUUUGCUGAUACCCAUACAGCCCCGGCCACAGUAGUCCUAGUUUCAACUGAUGUUAAUUUUGCUUCGGAGCUAAGUGACCUUCGGCACAGGCAUGGUUUCAGCAUUAUCCUGAUUCACAAAACUCAGGCAUCUGAAGCACUACUUCAUCAUGCGCACAAUCUGAUUCCAUUUGAAGACUUUGUAACCGACUUACCCCCACGGUUACCUAUCAAGUCUCAGGAUGCUAAUACUCCAAGAAGUAUUGAUUCACCUGUGGAAAAAAGCAGUGAAGAUGCUGUAUUUCAGAUAAGCAACUCAUCUGCAUUCAGUAAAAUGACAUCAUCCAGACAUGCAAGUCCUCUGCACAAUAACCAGAAUUUCUGGUCACCACGAAGUGGCUCUCCAAACCCUUCCAGUAGGUCGUCUCCUCUAAAUGGGAAUGUUGAGAAUCUGGAUAACUGUACAGAGUCUUCACUUGCCCCAUUUGUGAAUGGAGUGGAGGUCCAAGUUAGUAACCUGGACUACAGGAUGUCCAGGAAGGAGCUACAGCAGCUACUGCAGGACAUUUUCUCCAGGCAUGGCAAGGUAAAAAAUGUGGACCUUAGUCCUCACACGGAUUAUCAGUUGAAGGCUGUAGUGCACAUGGAAAAUAUUCAGGAAGCAGUUUGUGGUGUCAGUAGCCUUCACAGAUACAAGAUUGGCAGCAAAAGAAUCCACGUAUGUUUAGCAUCUGCAGCCAAUGACAAAUCUUUAAUUUCAUUAAGUUCUGAAGUGACUUCAAUUCUUCAGGAUGCCCCUGCCUGUUGCCUGCCUUUGUUCAAGCUAACCGAAAUUUAUGAGAAGAAGUUUGGGCACAAAUUGACAGUAUCAGACCUCUACAAACUUUCAGACACUGUGACUGUCCGUGAUCAAGGAAAUAGCAGAAUGGUUUGCCUCUUGCCCAGUAGCAAAUCUAGACAGAGUCCACUAGGAUCAUCACAGUCACAUGAUGGAUCAUCAGCUAACUGUAGUCCUGUAAUAUUUGAAGAGUUGGAGUAUCACGAGCCAUUCUGUAAAUUGCAUUCAACCAAUAAACCUUACAGUGAGAAUGAAUUUGACCCAGACACCUACACUGUCCCAUUUGUUGUUUUGUCCAUAAAGACAUUUUCUCCUCAAGUCCACAGCCUCCUGCAAACGCAUGAAGGCACUGUGCCUUUGCUGAGCUUUUUAGACUGCUACAGUGCUGAAUUCACUUUUUUGGAAGAGGUUCAAGAAGGCCAGGGAGGUGUUCCUCUGGAGCACCUCAUCACCUGUGUUCCUGGAGUAAAUAUUGUCACUGCUCAGAAUGGCAUCAAAGUUGUUAAGUGGAUCCACAACAAACCCCCUCCUCCUAAUGCAGACCCUUGGCUACUUCGCAGUAAAAGUCCUGUGGGUAAUCCUCAAUUAAUUCAAUUCAGUCGAGAGGUGAUCGAUCUGUUGAAGAACCAGCCGUAUUGUAUCAUGCCAUUAAGCAAAUUUAUUCCUACCUACCACCACCACUUUGCAAAGCAGUGCCGUGUGUCUGAUUAUGGCUAUUCCAAGUUAAUGGAGUUGCUUGAAGCAGUGCCUCAUGUCUUGCAGAUCCUUGGUAUGGGCUCAAAACGCCUACUGACACUUACUCAUCGAGCUCAAAUAAAGCGCUUCACCCAGGACUUAAUGAAACUGCUGAAGUCUCAAGCCAGCAAGCAAGUUAUUGUGAAAGAGUUCAAGCUUGCUUACCACUGGUGUUUCUCUCGAGACUGGGAUGUAACCGAAUAUGGCACCUGUGAGCUCUUUGAUUUGCUGUCAGAAAUUCCAGAUACUACAGUCUGUGUAUCUCAGCAAGAUGGUGAGGUUGUGAUUUCUGUUCCCAAGAAAGAACGUACUCAAGAGGAAAUUGAACAUACAAAACAGUUUGCUAAAGAAGUGGUUGAUUUACUACGCCACCAGCCACAUUUCCGGAUGCCCUUCAACAAGUUUAUUCCAUCUUACCACCAUCAUUUUGGUCGGCAGUGCAAACUUUCCUAUUAUGGUUUCACUAAGCUGAUGGAGUUGUUUGAAGCCAUACCAGAAGUCCUACAGGUGUUGGAGUGUGGAGAAGAAAAAAUACUCACAUUAACUGAAACAGAGCGAACCAAAGCACUAGCAGCACAGUUUGCCAAACUUCUGCGUUCCCAAAAAGACAACUGCCUUAUGAUGUCAGAUUUGUUAACUGAAUAUAACAAGACUUUUGGUUACAUACUCCGCCUUCAGGACUAUGAUGCCUGUUCUAUCCCUGCAUUACUGCAAAAACUUUGCCAUGUUGUAAAGGUUGUUGACACGUCGAGUGGCAAACAGAUACAGCUUAUAAAUCGUAAAUCCCUGCGUACCCUCACUGCCCAGUUGCUUGUUCUGUUAAUGUCCAUGGAUGGUGUCUGUGUAUUAACUGUGGAACAGCUGAAGAAACAGUACGAAUCGACUCAUAAUGCUGCUUUAAACCCAUGUGAAUAUGGAUUCUUGUGUUUGUCUGAGCUCUUGAAGAGCUUACCUUACUUGGUUGAGGUAUCUUUCCAUGAUGAAGGGGAAGAAUAUGUACAGCUAACCAAGUUAUACCAGUUUGCAAAGAAUGUCCGGGCACUACUACACACUUACCAUUAUCAACAGAUUUUUAUGCAUGAAUUUGUAAGUGCUUAUACUAAAUAUACAGGAGAAAUGCCUCAACCUAAGGAAUAUGGCUACAACAACAUGGAAGAGCUCCUGGGAGCUAUUCCACAGGUUGUCUGGAUAAAAGGUCAUGGUCACAAGAGAAUUCUGGUGUUAAAGAAUGACAUGAAAGCUCGUGCAAACUCAACAAGUUCUUCUCCUGCAUAUGUUGAAGAUUAUGGAAGUGAUGACCUGAUCCAUCAGGAAGCCCCUCAUACAGUGAUUAAUGAGAAAGAAGAAACGGGUGGCAGCAGAACACUUGAUUUACAACAUCCAGGGACACCUGGUACCAGUCAAAAUGAUGCAGAGCUGCUUUGCUUGACCUCUUCACCUGUUGAUCUGCUAUGUGGUCCUGUCCCUUCCAGUCUUCCAUCCCCACAGCUAAGACCUGAUCCUGUUGUUGUUGAAUCUACAGAUCUCAUUCAAUUUGAAGAGAACUCCCUGUGUGUCCCAGGUAUUGCAAUUCCAGCAGAUGAAAAGAUCGCUUCCAGCGCAAUAGUUGAAACAGCUUCAUCUCUCAAUCCUAUAGAGACAGCCAUACCAGUAACUGAAUUUGUGGGUCCAGCCACAGGAGUUCAAGACUGCAAAGUUAAUAAAGAAGCUGUGUCAGAAAGCCCUGUUAAAAAGACACCAAGGAACAGAGUAAAGCUAGCGGCAAGGUUUUCCCUUGCGCCUGUUACUAGACUUUAAAUUUGUCACAUUGUUUUGAUCUGCAAAGCAGGGAGGAGAGGUACCAUAGAUCAUUUUGUCCCACAUACAGAACCUUUAUUUGUAAAUAGAAAAGUUCAGAUUUGCUUAAUUUUGCACUUUAAUUUAACUAUUUCAUUAAAAAUCAAAUGUGUUUUGUGAAAAAAGUGGUGCAGUUAGAAUUGAAUUCCAGUGUCUACCACUGUAAAAUUCAUGGGGCACCAUUUGAUGCUCCUGUUAAUUUAAGUAUUGCAUAAUCUGGUAUAGAAUGUUUACAAAUGCAAUAUAAACCCAAGACCACAUCCCUAAAAGUGCAUGACCUAUUACUUUGAAGCCUGUCAUUGUUUUAGCUGUUCACACACAAUGAAAAGCAAGCAUUUGUGAAAGAUCUUUUAAUAUUUGAUGAGUUUAUAACUGCACUGUUUUAUGAAAACUAUUAAGAUGUCAGCUUCUUGAAGUCUGAUUUUGCUGAGCAUUUAUGUUAUGUUCAGAACAGUUUCUGUAGCACUGUAAUAUGCACUGAGGAGAUUCAUAAAGAUGUGGGCAGUGGAGUAGUUUUAAGUAGCUUCCCUUCAGUGUAUGUCUAGCUAGUUUGUUCUGGAUUGUUUAGAGAUGGCAUUGUCUAGUGUUGGCCUCACAAGUUUGAACAUUUUCAGUUCAGCUGUACACAUUGCAGUGUGUUGCAUGAAGCAGCAAGACUUGCCAUAGUUAAGAAUCAAGAGUUGUGAAAUAUGCAUUUGAUGCAUAAAUCACUCUGUGAACAAGGCCAGACAGAAUAAUGUACAAAUUAAAUUCCUUUUCAUGGAAAAUGGGAUAGCUACAUGGGUAUUACAAGGUUUUGCAAACCUUGAGUUUUUUAAAAGCCAAGUACAGUGAAUGGAAAUCGUGUAGUUUGUAUGUAUUGCUAAAGUGUGUUUUAACCUUGUCUGUUUUUACCCUAGUUGUGCUUAGUAUAUGGUUUGGGAAGCACUAUCAGCUGGGAAGGAUUUUAUGGUAGUUUGGAAAAGGCCAGCCACUGAGUCAGGUUAGACCAGUGGAGCAAAUUUGAUUGUAAAGUUGGUAAAUUUGCACUGGGUAAUGGAAGGCCCCAGAAAUUUUCUGGGUCUACCUGGCGCUUACAAUGGAUUGUAUUUGCCAUGGUAACGGAUGAAGAUAUGAAGGGAAAGGACUAUUUAUUAAGGUCCUUAAGUUGUGUUUGUCUGAAUGUGUUCUCUGUAUUGAAGAAACAGAAGUUGUUAGGCUUACAUUUGAUUAGCCAACAGUUGGGUGAAAACGCAUUAAAUUAAUGGCUGCAACGAAACUGCAGCCAUUUAAAUAAUGACAUUUUUGUUUGUGCAGGAAAAAAAAAAUCUCUUGAUCUGCAAGCAGUAAUGCAUUUGCCAGGCAUUGGUGACCUAAAUUUGAUGUAAGGAAAGGUAUUUCCCCAUUUAAAAACACACAGCACUGUUCAACCUCUUAACUUUCCUAUUCAGAUUUCUUUUCUUUACCUCAAAACUCAACACCUUUUUAAUUGUUUUUUAAAGUGUAGAUGUGUAAAUUAUGUAGUGAUGCCGAAAAUUGCUUUGAACUUUACGUUUUGCUGCGGUGGGGUUAGAAAAAAAUGUGAAAUAAACAGAAAUGUUCAACUUGGGGCUCUUUUACGACUCUCUCUGAAGGUAGAGAUGAAGUUGCAGAAUUUUUUUAGGCAGUGCGGUUACAAGCCAUCUGAAAUACUUGUGUCUGCAGGCUUUUGGUCUAGUUUUUAUCUACUUUCUUAAAUUGAGUAUGAUUCUCCACUCCGUUGCUUUUCCUCAUUUAAAAAGUGUAGCAUAUAAGUAAUAUAAAUGUAUAUGUAUAUAUGCAGGGCUGCAUAACUUUGUUUCAUAGUCAUGUGAUCUUAGAGCACCAUGAUUUUCUCACCUGGGAAGAACAUGAAUGCCCUUUUGCUCAUUCUGAAGCUGUUGCUUAGUGGUCUUGAGUGAUGUUAUUAAAGAAUUAAAUACUUUUUAAAAAUGUAAUGCAACAGGUAACUGAGGUGCUUAGAGUAGACUGCAUUUAAUGAACAGAAAUGUAUUUAAUUUUUCUGUGUAGUAAAGUGUCUUGUGUAUGAGAGAAUGUCACUGGUCCUCUCUCCCCUGAAAGCAGAAUGUUCAUUUUUUUUUUCGUUAUAAAGUUGUCUAUGGUUGCUAGACAGCUUUAAGUAUAAAACAUUCUUUCAGAUAAGUUGCUGAAUUUAUUUUGUGUGCUGGGACUAUAGUAUUACACUUUCUCAAUAAAUUUCAUUGCAGUAUAACAUCUCAA